AUCCCCAUCUUUUAUGAGCUCAUACCCUCUGUUGAUAUUGGAUUCAUGGUGCAUAAGCUUGGGAUUAGGAACCCUAUGUAAGGGGAAUAUGGGGAAUUGUUGUUUUUACUGUUCCUGUGUAUGCAGUGACAUAAAUCUACAAUUUCGAGUACCCAGAUGGCCGAAUCAGAGGAGGCUUGUUUGGAAUGAUUUGUAGGUCUUGUUCCUGCGAUCGUUUUGAGUGGUCAUUCACUCAAUUUGGUUGAGCGGUUUAGUCGCAGCGGUACAACUUAUUGAUCGAUGGUUUGCAAGUGGUUGGAAACGCGUAGCUCCCACGGAUGUGCACUCACAAACUACACCACCCUUGCUUUCACCUAGCUUUAUCAUGACAUCUCACAUGCUUUGGCUUAUGGUUCAUGAUCGCUAGGUUUGCUUGAUGUGUAUAAAGUAUAAACCUUGUUUGGUUUGUAGUCGUGACCAUCUGGGUUGUUUGUCUGUGGCGUAGCAGGGUGGGACUUCAUCAUCUAGCUCCGUAUGUGUUGUAUGAGCUUGUUUAUGCUUCCGCUUGUAGUACUCUUAUAAAUAUAUUGUGUUUGUUUCAAUUUCCUGUUGUGGAUGUCCGAUAGUACAGGGAAGGUGCUGCCGGAGCUUUCCACUAGCAUGUUAAGUUUUGUUGUGGUUGUGGUAACAUCCUUCUUACAAGGAGGGGUGUUAUAGUUGGUAUCAGCUAAGCUAUAACUUUGCUAUACAUGUGUAAGCAUGUAUACCAAAGAAAAGAUCUUAGGACCUGUGAAUACUUGCUUGCUUGCUAGAUGUUGAUUGCUUAUUAAUAUAUACAAAAUUCAAAUUGACGAGGACGUCAAUUCUUUUGAGGUUGGGUGAAAUAUCCCAAUUCUCCUACUAGUAUGUUACAACGUUUUGUAAUAAAACUUGAUUAGAUGGUUAAAUAACAUUAAAACUUGACACACUGGUGCACAGUAGGAACGAUUUCCUUUCUGUUAUGUGCUUGCAAGCCUUAUUUCUUGUGCAUUGAUUGCUUGUAGUGUUUUUAUAAGGCUUCUUAAGCAGUCUGUGGUUCGAGUAGUACUCGUUUUCGGGUCUCUUGGGUUUAUAUUUCAAUCUUAAUUCUGUUUGAAGUAUGUGUUCUUAUAUUUCUUUACUCAUCUUUUCUCCUUGUGUUCCUUAGAUGCCAAAGGGUAAAGGCGGUAGAAACCGGGUACCUUUUGCCCGGGCAAAAGCUGCUGCUGAUGCUAACCCCCGAGGUCGAGGACGCAAGCGUGUCCAACCUGCAGUUGAGGAGAGUGGUGAUGAAUCUGUUGCAGAUCCUGAUGUUGCCAAUGAUGCUGCUCCACCACCCCAAGCUGAGUGGCGUGAGCUGAUGCAAGAACUUCACACACUCCGUCAGCAAGCCCAAGCCCCAGUUCAUGCUCCUGCCAAUGUUCAGGGCAUAAUGAAUGAGCCUUUUGGCCCCAGACAAGUGAAUCCUCUUCUCACUUGGUCUAUGGUACACUCUGACACUUUUAAUGGGACCGGCUCUCCUGUUGUGGCAGCUGAUUGGUUGCGCAUCAUGGAACGACGCCUUGAAGUCAUGCAAGUACAACCAACCCAGAAAUUGAUGUUUGCUGCCAUCCAGCUGAAGGGCAAUGCAGACAUCUGGUGGGAGAAUGUUCGUUCUUCUCUACCUCCAGAGCAUGGCACACCAACUUGGGAGUUCUUUCGAACAUAGUUCAUUGAGAAGUACUAUCCAGCCUCCUAUGUUGAGAGGAUGGAAAAUGCACUCAACAAGUUGAAGCAAGGUAAUAGAACCAUCCAGGACUAUGAAACCGAAUUUAAUGACAUCGUUCGCUUUGUGCCAACGGUGGUUAGUGAUGAUAAAGAGAAGGCAAGGAGGUUCAAGGAUGGACUAGAGCAGCAGUAUCGUGUUGUGCUUAGUGCUGCUGGAUCCUCCAGUUUUUCUUCCUUGGUUGAGAAAGCCAAAAAGAUAGAGUUUGAGUUACAGAAUGGCUCACCUCCAGCCCUAGCUUCCACACAAGGUGGCCCUAGUAACUUCUCUACUCCAGGUGGAAACCAGAAGCGAGAGUUUGGUGAUGGUGGUAGGUCUAAUCGCCGCUCUGGGAAGAAACCUAAGUAUGUGCAGUCUACCUCCCAGAACUUCAAGCCAAAGAUGCAAAAGGCCCAAUCCUCCUCUAGCCCACGUGUGUUUUACCGUCCAGUGCCAGGGCAAGGGAUGAUGUGUUUCAAGUGUGGCGAAGGCCAUAGAGCCAAUGAGUGCAAUUGGUCUGGUAUUUGCAAUGGUUGUCACAAAAGUGGUCACAUGGAGCGGGUUUGCAAGUCGAACCCCGCUAGCAUCAUCAAGUGGCAGCCAGUGUCUUCUCAAGCUGAAUCUUCAUCUGCACCUGUAUCCUCUCAUGGCUCUGUCCAAGCAAUGAGGAAUGUUCAAGCUCCGCCUUAUCCGUAUGCUGCUUGGGGACCUCCUCCUCAAGGAUAUUACUGCCGACCAACUUUCACAGGGCCACCAAACUAUCCAGCACCCCAUGCUCCUCCAAAUGUCCCGCAGAUUUGUGCUUCACCUGCACCAGCCGGACAGAGUUUUUAUACACUACCUUCAUCAUCCUCAGCUGGACGUCCAGAUGUUGUCACAGGUACUCUACCAGUCAACUCACUCGAAGCUCUAGUACUAUUUGAUUCUGGUUCUAGCUUCUCAUUCGUAUCGCUAGACUUCGCGAAUCGGGCAAAUAUGUCUAGGCAAGAAAUCUCGCAACCAGUGAGAGUUAAUUCCCCGGGUGGACUCCUUUCUUGUUGCGUUGUGUGUCCUGGUUGUGAAAUUUCUGUUGAGGAUGAAGACUUCACUGCAAAUCUAUUCAUCCUUCAAUUCCAGCCUUUUGAUGUGAUUCUUGGCAUGGAUUGGUUACAAACUUACAAAACGGUGAUCUCUUGCUUUUGGAGAAUCAUCACCCUUGACUCACCCUCUGGGAAAGAGUGUGUCUACCAAGCUAGUGCACCUCCACAAACAUUGUCGGUGUUGGCUAGUCUCUUUCCAGGCCAACCAUCUCCAAAGAGUGGGAUACUGUGGACUCUUCUUGGAAAGCCGAGUACCCCCUUGUGCAUCCAAGAAAUACCAACGGUGUGUGACUACCCUGAUGUCUUCCCAAAUGAGCUUCCAGGCAUGCCCCAGAGCGGGACACUGAGUUCUGCAUUGAGUUGAUUCCUGGUACUCAACCCAUCUCAAUAGCACCAUAUCGUCUAGCCUCGACCCUUUCAGGAAGAGCUUAAGAAGCAAUUGGACGACCUCCUCUCUAAAGGACUAAUCCGAAAGAGUGUGUCCGAAUGGGGCGCACCGGUUCUCUUUGUUUCCAAGAAAGAUGGUACCUGGCGCCUAUGUAUUGAUUA